AUGGCACUCUCCCUAUUUACCAUCCUGCCUCAUUCCAAAUCAAGGAUACGCAGACUCACACUCACGGUGGUCUUGCUUGUUCUUAUAGUCUUAACACUAACUCGUGGCCAUGCUCAAUUGCAAUCUCUAGGUAAUAUAGCUGGCAUUAGUGGCGACGAGAAAAGCAUCAAGAAUUUGUUUGAUGAUCGAUUGAAACAAUUAUAUGAGGAACAAAAGCCUGCAGCUUUAAAGGAAACGGAAUCUUCUGACAGAGAAAGAUUCUCGAAGAUGCAUGCUGCUCUUCCCGUUGGUGUUGAUCCCCAUCAUGGUGAGCCGACUGGAAGCUGUAUUUCUGAGACCGUGUUGCACGCCGACUAUGAGCCUAUUGAAGUGGAUGGUUUUGUCGGAAUGCGUCCUUUCCCCGACGAUAAAAAUUACUUCAUCGAUCAAUCCUGCGACGAUAUCCUGUAUCGUCCUGAUACUUCAGACUCCAGGCGAAUCAUUCAGCACACAGAGACAAAACUACUUCCCGAUGAUUUUGAAUACCUCAAUGAUUAUCUUAGAACGUCCGGUUACGGAGCGUUGAUCGCUGGUAAAGAUGCAAAUCUUGAUGAGGUGGAUUUCGCUUCCCUCCCCGAUUGGUAUAGAUUCACAGGCUCGUCUGUGUGGCUUUCUGAUGAGGAAUGUCAUCUUAUGGCCAGCCGGCUUGUCUAUUCUCCCAGCAAAAUUCCCGUCAUCUCUCUUAUUCGGUUGCAAUUGUACGAUUCCCAUUGGCAUGAGAUGAAAGGUCGUCGGUUACGGUAUGUGGAUGUUCCUGACGAAGAAUUGAAGCAGGUCUUGUACAAGUUUGCGCGUUCUGGUAAAAAAACUGAACUAGAUAAUGUCACAAUUCAUUUCCCAACCAUUUUAGACAUUGAUCUAGAUAGUGAAAGUCGGUCCGAUCUUUUGGGACCUGAAGAUCCUAGAAUUAUCUACAAAACCACAGGAAAGAUCCACGAGCCUAUUAUCGUUUUCAAUCAAGAUUUCCGUGGUAGAAGAACCAUGUUCUCCACCUUUCCACUGAGGAGAGUUACUCCUGGUACUAGGAAACGAACAUUACAGAUGAGAACUGCAUUAAUGGGUGAUUACCCCUUUGAGAAGAAUUGGACACCGUUCUUUGAUACCUUGACACCGGAAAUCACCAAAGAGUCCCGUGGUUACAUGCACAUGUUUUAUGGUUUAGAUCCAUUGAGAGUUUACAAAUGUAGUCUUGAUACUGGUGAUUGCGAUGUUGUUCAGGCUGGAUCGAAAAAGACAACCAUUGACCGCGGUGGCUCCCUUACUUCUGUCCGUGGUGGUACGAGUCUUAAGGCCGUCCCUCGGACUAUUGUACAAAGACUUCUUAGAAGAGAGGGUGUGUUUGAUCCUGAUUAUCCUGUGCAAAUGUGGAUUGGUUUUGCCAAGACCCACAUAGAUGAUUGUGGCUGUGGCCAUAUGAUAUAUAGGCCAACGCUACUAGUUCUUGUGAAACAGGAUAACUCAUUCCGUGUGGAUUUAAUGACUGACAGUAUUGAUUUCGGUAAAGACGUCAUGGCAUGGAACGAUCAUUCGUCCAUUUACUGCGACGAUGGAAAUAAUGUGAUGAACCCCAACGAGAUUUCGUUCUGGGAUGUCGGGGAAGAAGAGCCUAUGGAAGCAGCCAACUGGGAUCCUGAAAAUGACCCAUUGCCCUACUAUAACGAUUAUAUGGGUCUAACUCUCAGUGAGGCCGACGAAAAUGUCGAGGUUAUCUUCCUCAAAAAUGUUAUGAACUAUGUGCUUGGAGCUUACGAACACAACAAGCUUGUUCUAGGCUUGAAGGAUGUUUACGGAGGAGUGGAAGAGAGAUCAAAGAAAGUUGAGACAUGUAUGUUGAGAGCCGGUAUUAAGUACUGUGAGAAGUAUGCAGCCAGCCAUAAAAUGCCUUCAAGCGAAAAAGAAGCUGUCAGCGAAGAUGAAGCUGUCAGCGAAGAUGAAGUUGUCAGCGAAGACGAAGCUGUCAGCGAAGACAAAGUUGUCGGCGAAGAUGAAGUGGAUGUCAGCGAAGACGAAGUUGACGUCAGUAAAGACAAAGUUGACGACAACGAAGCCGACGCCAGCGAAGACAAAGUUGACAUUAGCAAAGACAAAGUCGACGUCAGCGAAGACGAAGUUGAAAGCAGUAAUAUUGGCAGCGACAAUGACGUUGACAAAAGCAGCAGCGAUGAAACUACCGAUGACAGCGGCAAUGACACCGACAAAAACAGCAACGAUGAGACUGACGACUCGGUGCAGCUCAAAAAACCCGAUCCUGAGACCGUGGAGUAA